AUGUACAUUGGAAUCCUAUUUACCAUCCUCCUAGCGGGUAUCGCCAAUGCCGGGACUCAAGACUCGAGCGUCUGCCCAGGAGUGCAAUUGACCAAGCUCCGCACCUUCAAAGUUACUGAACUUGUCAAGCUCACGGCGAAUAUCAUGCCAAAACCUGACCAGAACGGAACAGUGAGCCUACUCCAUCAUAUUCCUGAAGGUGUGGCCGUCUCCACUCAGCCUAAGGUUCAAGUUAUCAAAAACAGAAGCCUCGACGAACUCAUCAAGCGGGGCCUCAAUGGCACAAGCUCUAACCUGCGAUCGCGAACGACCAUCCCCGGCGAUGUUACCUAUCCCUGGCGCACUAUCGGUACGGUUAACUUGUAUGAUACUUCUAUGCAUUCCACCGGACACUACUGUACAGGAACUCUAGUUGGGCCACGAAUCUUGCUGACAGCAAGCCACUGCAUACCCUCCUGGACGGAUAACAGAUGGGGUAUGGAAUUUAUACCCGCAUUUAAUGGUCAAGAUCGACGAAACCCGAGGCCAUUUGGUCACGCGUGGGUUACUGAGUGCUAUGGCGUCCCAAGUACAGAUGAUGUGACUGGCCGCGACUACGCCGUUUGUCGACUUAAUGAUGCUAUAGGGGACCGCAUUGGGUGGAUGGGAUACCGCGCCUCCUCUGGGGAUAGCCUCUACUACAACUUUCCGUGGACGAGUGUUGGGUAUCCGCAAGAUACUUUAAAUGGUAAAGUCAUGACUGUGCAAGGUAAUUUGUGGGUACGUGACGUCGAUAACGACGGAGAUGGAAAGGAGCUGGAGACAGAUGUAUUUGCCGGUAAGGGGUGGUCUGGAGGGCCCAUGUUUGCGUCAUCUUUGGCUGACAAUCACGUUGUUGGCGUGUUGAGCGGGUUGGAGGAAGAGUUUGAUCUAUUUGGUCCGUUUGUGGCGGAUCAUGAUGUUACAGCAGGGGGGAUGCUUCUGGCUCGACUGAUUUCUUGGGCGAGGUCCAACUAUGCCUCUUAA